AUGCGACGGCGUGAGAAAGCGCGCCUUGCAUCCAGGAGCUUCGAGGCAUGCGAUGCGCAGUUGUUAGUAUUGGUCCAGAUGAGUAUGCUUGGUCGAAUCGUUAAACGAACGCCGCUUGCGGCAUGCCCCGCCGACGAGCCCGUGCCUGGGGCCAGUCGAGGCGUGCAGCCGCUAGACAUCGGAGGGGGAAUUCACGCGCGAGGGUGGUCGACAAGCGACGCGGUGCCGUCUGCCUCGGAGGGGGCAAGCACGUCCGGCGAGGCAGCACGCCCCGCGGCGGCGCACCCUCGGCGCCUCCACUCCUCGCCCCGACGCGCGGCGGCGGGCUCGCAACAGACGGCCCGCUGCGACAGGGGGGCGAAGGUUCCCGCCCGCGGGCGCGCCCCUCGCCAGAAGGGCGCGGCGCGCCCGGCCAGCCUCCUCCUCCUCCUCCUCCUCCUCCUCCUCCUCCUCCUCCUCCUCCUGUGA